CCUAUAAGGAGAAGGAGGACAGUCGUGUAAGAGAGCUCCAGAAGAGGGGGAGGCAGGCAAGAUGGCCACCCCUGUGGAAAGAAUGGUGCAUGAGCAAAACGCCCCCUUUUUUGCGAUGUGCUGAGCUGGCGGAAUUUCACUCGGUGGCUGCAAGAUCGGGCUGCAGAUACAGGUCUGUGGGCACCUGGGGCUGUGUGUGUGUGCGCGCAGAUUGUCAUGUGGGGGUCCAGGAUGGAGAAAGCAGGGCUGGCGUCUGGGGUGCCCCUUCCUCCCAGAUGCUCCCUCUGCUUCCCAGGGUACAUAACUGAACCCCAUUCCUGGAGGCAAGUCCCCUACCUCUCUCCGUCUCUCAGGAUGUCCAUGAGGAGCCCCGUCUCUGUGCAGCCGGCCCCGGACAGUGCCAGCACCAUGGUGAACUGCACCGUCAAGUCUGAAGAGAAGAAAGACCCUUGCCACGAGGCCCCCCAAGGCACAGCCACUGCAGUGGAGCCCCUCCAGCCUGGAGCCCCAGUCCUGGCUCCCAAGGAUGCUGCCAACGCACAAGCUCCUCCUCAGGACUGUGCCUCACCAGAGAGCAGUGGGUCCCCAGACCCCAAGAGACCAGCAGCUUCUGAGGCCGCUUCGGGAAGCCAGGAGCGCCUGGACUUCAACCGCAAUUUACAGGAAGUUGUGCCAGCCAUUGAGAAGCUGUUGUCCAGUGACUGGAAGGAGAGGAUUCUGGGAAGAAGCUCUGUGGAAACCAAGGAUGUCAAAGGGACCCAAGAGAGUCUGGCGGAGAAGGAGCUGCAGCUUCUGGUCAUGAUCCAUCAGCUGUCCGCCCUGCGGGACCAGCUCCUUACGGCCCACUCCGAGCAGAAGAACAUGGCUGCCAUGCUGUUCGAGAAGCAGCAGCAACAGAUGGAGCUGGCCCGGCAGCAGCAGGAGCAGAUCGCCAAGCAGCAGCAGCAGCUGAUUCAGCAGCAGCACAAGAUCAACCUCCUCCAGCAACAGAUCCAGCAGGUUAACAUGCCUUAUGUCAUGAUCCCAGCCUUUCCCCCAAGUCAUCAGCCUUUGCCUGUCACCCCUGACUCCCAGCUGGCUUUGCCUAUUCAACCCAUUCCAUGCAAACCAGUGGAGUACCCAUUGCAGCUGCUGCACAGCCCCCCUGCCCCUGUGGUGAAGAGGCCUGGAGUGGCCACCCACCACCCCCUCCAGGAGCCACCCCAACCACUAAACCUCACAGCCAAGCCCAAGGUGCCUGAGCUGCCCAACACCUCCACAUCCCCCAGCCUGAAGAUGAACAGUGGUGGGCCUCGCCCCUCCAGCCACGGGGCUCCCACAAGGGACCUGCAGUCCAGCCCCCCAAGCCUGCCUCUGGGCUUCCUUGGUGAAGGGGACGCUGUCACCAAAGCUAUCCAGGACGCUCGGCAACUGCUACACAGCCACAGCGGGGCCUUGGAAAACUCCCCCAAUACCCCAUUCCGAAAGGACCUCAUCAGCCUGGACUCAUCCCCAGCCAAGGAACGGUUGGAAGAGAGCUGUGUGCACCCCCUGGAGGAAGCCAUGCUGAACUGUGACAUGGAUGGGUCCCGCCAUUUCUCUGAGUCUCGGAACAGCAGCCACAUCAAGAGACCCAUGAACGCCUUCAUGGUGUGGGCCAAGGAUGAGCGGAGGAAAAUUCUCCAAGCCUUCCCAGACAUGCAUAAUUCCAGCAUCAGCAAAAUCCUUGGCUCUCGCUGGAAGUCCAUGAGCAACCAGGAGAAGCAGCCGUACUAUGAGGAGCAGGCCCGUCUGAGCCGGCAGCACCUGGAGAAAUACCCGGACUACAAGUACAAGCCAAGACCUAAGCGUACCUGCGUUGUGGAGGGCCGCCGGCUGCGUGUGGGCGAGUACAAGGCCCUGAUGAGGACACGGCGCCAGGGUGCUCGCCAGAGCUACGCCAUCCCCCCGCAGGCUGGCCAGGCACAGGUGAGCUCCUCAGAUAUCCUGUUCCCUCGGGCAGCAGGCAUGCCCCUGCCCCAACCACUGGUCGAACACUAUGACCCCCAGGGCCUGGACCCCAACAUGCCUGUCAUCAUCAAUACCUGCAGCCUCCGGGAGGAAGGGGAGGGCACAGAUGACAGGCACUCAGUGGCUGAUGGAGAGAUGUACCGGUACAGCGAGGACGAGGACUCAGAGGGUGAAGAGAAGAGUGACGGGGAAUUGGUGGUACUCACGGACUGA